UGCAGCUUUAUGCAUCAUUCAUUCCUCACCACUAUAAGACCAUGACCCAGUUGCCCAUCAUUCUGCCCUUUGUUCCCUAAUCCUCCAUUGCCUAUUCAAAACUCUCAAAACUACACAAACAUCAUAAACCUUUGAGAUGGCAGAAGUGAGGAACAAGCAAGUGGUUCUGAAGAACUAUGCCGUUUGUUUUCCAAAAGAAUCAGACAUGAACAUUGUCCAAGGAACCAUAACAUUGAAGGUUCCAGAAGGUUCCUCUGAUGUGCUCCUCAAAAAUCUCUACCUCUCAUGUGAUCCGUACCUGCGGCUCCUCAUGGCCAAGAACAAUUAUGUCGGAUUUGGCACCUUCACGCUUCACUCUCCAUUGGCAGGAAAUGGUGUGUCUCAAGUGGUGGAAUCUGGACAUCCAGAGUAUAAGAAAGGUGAUUUAGUUUGGGGGCCUACUAAAUGGGAAGAGUAUAGUUUGAUACCUUCAUCUCAAAUACGUUUCAAAAUUGAGCACACUGAUGUCCCACUCUCCUACUAUACUGGAAUUCUUGGUAUGCCAGGAUUGACUGCUUAUGGUGGUUUCUUUGAAUUUGGGUCUCCCAAAAGAGGAGAAAAUGUUUUUGUUUCAGCUGCCUCUGGUGCUGUUGGUCAGCUUGUUGGCCAAUUUGCCAAGUUGAGUGGUUGCUAUGUGGUUGGAAGUGCUGGAAGCAAAGAGAAGGUGGAUCUGUUGAAGAAUAAAUUAGGAUUUGAUGAAGCUUUUAACUACAAAGAAGAGUCUGACCUCAAAGCAACUUUGAAAAGAUACUUUCCAGAAGGCAUUGAUAUUUACUUUGAGAAUGUUGGGGGGAAGACACUUGAUGCAGUACUCCCAAAUAUGAGACCCCAUGGUCGAAUACCUGUUUGUGGAAUGAUCUCACAGUACAAUCUUGCUCAACCAGAAGGUGUAACAAAUUUGGCACAUCUCAUAUUUAAGAGGAUUAAAAUGGAAGGGUUUAUUGUAUAUGAUUUCUACCAUUUAUAUCCCAAAUUCUUAGAAUUUGUGCUGCCUCAUAUUAGAGAAGGGAAGGUUGUGUAUGUGGAAGACAUUGCUGAGGGUCUUGAGAAUGGCCCUGCAGCCUUCGUUGGCCUCUUCAGUGGUCGCAAUGUCGGAAAACAAGUGAUUAGUGUUGUUCCUGAGUAAAAUUGUGUAAAUACAUUCUUAUUCUCUAAGCUUUACUUCUGAAUUUUCAAUUUUCACUUGGAUAUUGAA